AGGUUAAGGUUGCAUUGCAAGAGAUCCUGAGCCAGGAAUGGAAGUUAAGCAGAAGAAGACACUUGGGUUUAGACUGAACUGGAUGAAUCUUCGUGAUGCUGAGAGUGGCAAGGUUCUCUGGCAGGGAGAUGACGAUUUGACGCUGUCAAGUAAAGAGCACGAAGCUCGGGUUCCUAAGAAGAUACUGAAAUGCAGAUCCGUAUCUCGGGAGAUAAACUUUAGUUCAGAGCAAGAGAUGAAAAGAUUCAGACUCGAACAGAGAGUCUUUCUCAACAGUGAAAUUUUAGAAGAAUGGUUUUUCGAGUUUGGUUACGUAAUACCUGGAUCAACAAAUACCUGGCAGAAUCUUAUCGAAGCUGCAGCCUCAAACCAGAUGAUACCGCCGUCACUUUUGAGCGGUAACGUAGUGAUAGAAACCACAUUCUACGACGGAAACGACGAAAUCAGUCAAUCUAAAGUACGUCUCUACUACGUGUAAAAUAACGACUACUAAGACUAGAGUACUUAAUCUCUUUCUUAGUGAUAAUACCUUCUUCCAGCAGCUGGCUACCGUUAUGUUGUUUAAAUACUCAACAUUCCAGAAAUAAACCUUGAUUGAGAUUGCAUGCUUGAUUUCAGAAUAUUAUUUACAGUAGGUUUAUCAAAAGGUAUGUCAAAUUGGGUUUCUAUUGACUCGCUUGUACUUUUAUAGUGUUAAAAAUAGGGGGAAGAUUAUUUAAUUUCUUUGAUACGUAACUAAAUUCAAUCUACAAGUCUCGAUAUGUGUCUCGUAACUCGUUAUAUGUCUCGUUUCUCGACAUGAAUCUCGACACGAAUCUCAACAUGAACCUCGACAUGAUACACAACCUGUAAACUUCCAGCCACGGGUUAUUUCCCUCCUUUAAACUUUACAGUUGUCCAUGAACCUCAUAAAAGGAAUAAUAGUUAUGUGUAUGCUCACUCAGCUUAUUGGUAUCAAAGAUUUAAGGACGACAACUACUGAGACAGUCCAUUACACGGUGAAAGGGUCCAUUUGCAAGCAUGUAAGUUACAGUCACAAACUGUUACUUAGCGUUGUUGGAUAUUAUUGCACUUAUUCGAAUUACAUAAAAGUUAAUUUCGUGCAAUAAAAGCUUUUCGAGGCAUUGAGACAGCACAAUUUGUAACAAAGAAAUGGGCCACUUUUCUUACUCCGCACUGUGCUGCCUAGACUCACUUUAUCACGUGGUCACUAGACACAUAGCAUUACUAGUCACGUGGUCACUAGACACAUAGCAUUACUAGUCACGUGGUCACUAGACACAUAGCAUUACUAGUCACGUGGUCACUAGACACAUAGCAUUACUAGUCACGUGGUCACUAGACACAUAGCAUUACUAGUCACGUGGUCACGAUUAUUGAAGACCGCCCACAAAUACUUUGAGUUACUUUAAAAUAGGAUUUUAGCGGCUGGUGUACAGUAGCACUGAAGAUAAGUUAAAAUUAGUGUUAAAUUGAUGUGAUCAUAAUAUAAUGAGGUAAAGGCAGGAAAUAUGAGAUUGAGGAUAGUUCCAAAAUCAUCCUGCUGUAUCCUCCAAGAUUUUACCAACAAAGUUUUUGACUGGGGUUUGAUUUACUGUUAGGAGAGCUGUAACAGAAAUCAAAAAAUGUAUACAACAUAAAAUGUUAUAAUUAUUUUUGACAUCCAUGUUAGAGUGUUUUUAUGCCGUUUGGGUAACAUUUGGUUGAGCCAAAAUCCGAUCUAAACAAUUUGCAGGUUAUUUAAAGAAUGAUAAUAUAUAUUUCAUGUAAUAUAAUUGUAACAUAUAUUAAUUGUUUCAUGUCAAAUUAUUUCCUGUAA